GCAGAGCGGGGUGAAUCUCACACCGGGGGACCAGUCCUUUCACAGGCAGGGAGAAGAUGCCAUUCCAUCAUGUGCGGGCGGGCCUGCUCUAUCCAGACAACUACCUGAGCAGCUCCCUGACGGAGGGCAGUGAAGCUUUCCAGCUCACCAGCAUCUCCACAGAGGAGCUGGGAGAGAUCCGUGAGGCGUUUCGUGUUUUGGAUCGGGAUGGGAAUGGUUUCAUCUCCAAACAGGAGCUGGGAAUGGCCAUGCGCUCACUGGGUUACAUGCCCAGCGAAGUGGAGCUGGCCAUCAUCAUGCAGAGACUGGACAUGGAUGGGGACGGCCAAGUGGACUUCGAGGAGUUCAUGACGAUACUGGGGCCCAAACUGCUGUCGUCCGACAACAGAGAAGGCUUCCUGGGCAACACCAUCGACAACAUCUUCUGGCAGUUUGACAUGCAGCAGCUGUCUCUGGAUGAGCUGAAGCAGGUGCUGUUCCACGCCUUCCGGGACCACCUGACAAUGAAGGACAUAGAGAACAUCAUCAUCACUGAAGAGGAGAGCCUCAAUGAAACCUCAGGGAACUGCCCUGAGUAUGAGGGAGUCCAUCCCAAGAAGAAGAAUCGGCAGACAUGUGUCAGGAAAAGCCUGAUCUGUGCUUUUGCUAUGGCUUUCAUCAUCAGUGUCAUGCUUAUCGCAGCCAAUCAGAUGCUGCGGAACGGCAUGGAGUAACCAAUUGCACUGUGAGCAUGGGGAGUGGACAGAACAGCCAUGACCUCGCAUCUUGUCUUUGCAGCCAAAGCUGGACCAGCCACAACCCAAGCACUUCUCUGAACAAUCAGUUGUAUUUUUUAUUUUCGUUUAAUUUGAACU